AUGGCGGGCGCUUGCUCGAAUUGGGCCGAUCGGCCAGCUUCCGAUCGGGCAUUAUCUUCAGACGAAGAGGGGGAAGAGGACUUUGUCUCGACUCACAGCACUGCCUCACUGAAUCCGGACGAUCGUUUCGAGAGAAAUCAUCUUUCUACCACCUUGAACAAGGUUCAUUUGCACCAGACCGCGUCGAAUCAUAGCUCCGAGGAGUCAGCUACUACUCGGACCUCAACUCCCUUGACAGCAGCCUCGAUGCCUGCUACUGAAAGUGACCAGAAGUGGAGAGCCAAAUCGAUGAAGCUGCUAGAUCUUCCCCUUGAUGUCCUCAAGGAUAUCGUGAAGGAGAUCACGCACACGAAUGACCUCACCUCACUCGCCUUGACAUGUUCUGCCCUGCAUGGUCUCACUAUCCCGCAUAUGUACUCGCGCUUCGAUAUCGUCUGGCCGGAGUCGUUAAACCCUUCAAGCGACGAUUAUUCUGGCGUGGACGCCCUAUCAUACGGUCUCUCUACGUUGGUUAUGGGCGAAGAUGUCUUCAACCAGCUCCCAUCUCGGCACGACAGGCUGACCCACACUUGUUCGAGCUGCGGCUGUUCCGACCGUGUUCACCAACAACAAGAGACAAACAACGGGCCCCCCCUCGCGUCGCGGAAAUUAUUACGCGCAGUACACGCGGACCUUUUCGAUCGGCAAUGGUCCACUGAGCUGGCUGUCGCACGAAUGGUCAACCUCGAGACAUUCAUCUGGGAUAUGCCGACCGGUGUGGUUCGUGAGAUUUGGUUGGCGCUUGCUUCACUGGCGGAUAGGUUGGGUGACGAAUGUCGCUUGGAGAAGGUUUGGGUGCGCUGGCAUGACAAUUCGGAGAAUGUCCUUCGGAUUGCGCCGGCUUCUGAGGCUGCCACCCAUCUGUUCAAGAGAUACAAGCACGUGGAACAUCCCUCGCUUUCUGUCUUGCCGGCUUUGAAGAGCGUGGCUGUGCUGGAUAUCGAUGAACCGGCUUAUGUGGAGGAGCUGGCAGUCUUGAUUGAACGGUCUCGUCAUCGUCUUGCUGAGUUGAGAAUUGGAGUCUCUUUGAAGGCACAUCUUUCCGAUUGGCUUGUCUGUGCCAAAGACUCAGAUGCCGCUGAUGCUGUACUCAGCUGGCCGAGACAUGGCGGACUGUUGAGUAUUCUUUCCAAAGACAGCUCCAGGCUACAUGAGGAAAAGCUGGUCCUUUCUUCAGCCUCCGAUCUGCAGGUCGCUUCGGAACUCCCCAGCAAAGCCACAGAGAAGUAUAAGGAUGAAAUGUCCCAGCAUGAUGAAAGCACACCUCGAGAAACCGAGAAAGGCACUACGGUGGCCAACAAAGAAUUCAAUGACCCACAACCGACAGCCUCUCAUGCAACUCCCACCAAGCCCCAUCCGCUCAUGUCGGCUCUCCACGCCAGUGGGGAUCAGCUACACCUGGAACUGCUUGAGUUAGAACGGAUACCUCUUUCGAUUUCAACCCUCCUCCCAACCAUCGAUUGGACUCGUCUAACAACACUCACUCUAAUGCGAUGCGAUGACCAUGAGCAUCUAUGGAGAGCUCUCCGUCGUAAAUAUGCACCCCCAGCAACACCCCCGAAAAGACUAGCGAAUGGGAAUUGGGGCCGAGGGAGCGUCAGCGCGGUCGACUAUUCGCUCAAUAUCAAACAUUUGCGAACGGAUAAUGUUUCAUCGUUCCUGAUGCUUUUCAUUAAGGAUGCUCUCGCUCCCAAUACCCUGGAAAGCGUUUUCCUGCACGAAUCACCCGGGCACGAAUCGAACGUCCAAAUCGACGCCAUUUACCGACACAUCUUGCGAAAGCAUCGAUUGAGCCUGCGCAAGGUUUUGAUUGAUGCCUCGGAACGACAUGAUGGCACAGACAACCUGAGCCACAAAUGGCAUAAGUGGGUGUUCAGCCACGAAAUAAUUUCUUUCAUCACAAGUGGGAAAAUUCCGCAAUUGAGAGAGUUGGGAAUGGCAAUGAAUUACCGAGACUGGCACUAUUUCCUCCAGCGGCUCCCGAAUAUGCCCCAGCUCCGCGCGCUAUACCUUCCCCACAUCAGCCACUGUGCCAAAGUUGACCUGAAGGAACUCGCUCUUCAAGUCCUCGACAUAGUCAGCAUUCGCCCCGAGCUCAAGAUGACCUACAUCGGCCUCCAAAUGAAAUGUUACCAGAUUCAAGAAGGAGCCGGCGACGGGAAAGAGUUGGACUUCGACAACCAAACUGUCAAUGACAUCUCCAUCGCAGGAGAUGAUAACCUCUCGGAAAUCGAUGCAAUGUCAAUUCAGGAAGAUGAUCAGGAUAUUCCCCCUUAUACGGAUGGCGCGUCCGACCUUCUUUCCAGUGAUCUGGACGAUGAUGAUGAUGACGACGACGAAGCGGACGAUGACAGCGCUGGGCGUGUCCAGUUUCGGCUGCAGGAGAUCCUCUUUUAUGACGACAAGAUAUCCAUCUUCAAAGCACGACAUGGGGUGCUUUGA